AUGCAGUCGAUGCCAUUGUUGCUUAGGCAAACUUUCAGAGCGUCACUUAAUGCUUCACGGACCUCCUGCCCGCCACGACCGCUAAUUCCUUCGGCCCAGAUUCCCAAAUCUCUUCACUUCCCCAGGGAAGCACGGCGAGGUUUCUCAGUCUGCCUACGAUGCCAAUUCCGAACCCAACCUUCCCUCCUCUUAGACGAACCGAAAAAGACGACGAAUGACGAGGCUGAGGAUAAACCGAUAAAUGGAGGAGAACCCAUACAACUGCCGGGUCCUACUCUGCAACCACACACAGAUGCGGGGGCCCCAACUCCGCCGCCAACAGAUACGGUACACUCACAGCAGGGUCAGGAAGAGACUGAAAAUGCUGGCGCUGGCCAAACGGAGGCAGGUGGUCUACCGUCAUAUCUAGAGAACCGACGGUCGCAAUUCUCGAAGCAGUUUACGGCUAUGAUGGACAAUUUGCAGUCAAAUGUAUUCAUGGCGGGCCAGCGGUUGAACGACCUGACUGGAUAUACUUCGAUCGAGGCCUUGAAGAGGGAUAUCCAUGAGCAAGAGGAACGACUCCGAGCGGCCCGCCUUCAAGUCCGAACUGCGAAAGAAGCCUAUGCAGCCGCCAUUAACCGACGCUCGGCCUCACAGCGCGAAGUUAACGAACUCCUACAGCGCAAACACGCGUGGUCGCCGGCAGACCUUGAACGCUUUACCCAUCUUUACCGCAAUGACCAUGCUAACGAGGUUGCCGAAAAUGAAACGCAAGAAGCGCUGUCGUUGGCUGAACGCGAGUCAGAAGAGGCUGCCGCUCAGCUUACCAAGAAUAUCCUAUCGCGAUACCACGAGGAGCAGGUCUGGUCGGACAAGAUUCGCCGUAUGAGUACGUGGGGAACCUGGGGUCUGAUGGGAGUAAACGUUCUCCUGUUCCUGAUCUUCCAGAUCGCGGUUGAACCCUGGCGUCGGAGACGACUUGUCAAGGGAUUUGAGGAGAAAGUUAUCGAGGCCAUUGAGAAGGAGAAGGUCCUCGUCCAGGCUCAUCAGCCUAUAUCACCCAUCAGCGAGCCCGCUACUGCAGUUACUACACCCGAGGUCACGGCUACUACUGAGGCCAUCACUGAGGCCACCACUGAAGCUUCCACUGAAGCUACAACCGGAGCAACCACGGAGACACCUGGUCCCGUCGCUCCUCCUGCAGAGGACAUCGCGCCUGAACUGACCCGAGAGGCUACUGUUACUCCUAUUUCAACAACCACCGAAACCGAUCAGCAGCCCAUAGAGAACGUGUUGAACGGCGUUCUAGAAUCCUACAAGCCUCCACCGCUACAAUUUCCCCCAUCUCCCACGACAGUCGAAUCAUGGCGUCAGUAUCUUCAUGAUCUUUUUAGCGAGCGUUCCAUCAUCGUUACCCAGCGUGAUCUUUCCACGGUUGCGGUGACCAGUGCCGCAGCUGGUGCCGCAGUGAUGGGAAUCGUCAUUGCCCUGAUUCGACCACGGUAA